AUUAUUUUGAAAUGAAUUUUUUCACAAAAUUUUCAGUCAUUUUUAUGACUUUAACAAUAGUCAAAUCAGAUCCGAUUCCAUCUUCCUUAAAAGUUUGUCAUAAAAGUGAUUAUGACUUUAAUAAUUGUAUAGAAAGAACCUUGAAAGGUCUUCAAAAUUCUUUACGCAGUGGGAAUUUGGGCAAUGGCAUUACAUUUACACCAUUAAAUGUUAUUAAUAUGAAAGAGAAUAUUCGUUAUGAUUACGAUGAUGUUUCCGUUGAAGUUACUAAAAUUAAAAUUUUUGGUGCCGACAAAUUUACUAUUGAGCAGGUUGAAUCUUCACAAAAUCCAUUUGAAGUUAAAGUUGUAGUAAAAUACAAUAGCUUGAGUACAUCAAGUGAAUACGAAAUCAGUGCACCAACUGAACAUUUUAAUGGACGUGGAGAAAUUAAACAAACUAUUGCUCAGCUAAGACAAAAAUUCAUUUUUAAAUUUGGAAAAACAAAUGAUGGCAAAAUGAAAGUCGACAAACUUGUUGUAAAAAUUUUAGAAGCGCGCAUUGGAGAAACAAAAUUCUCACCACGUGGAAAUGCAAAUAAAGUUUUUAUGGAAAUUGUUGCUGAACAUGUUGAUCAAAAUGGUGAUGAUAUAUUUAAUGAAAUCAAACCAGUUUCUGAAAGAAGCUCAGAGAAGUUUUACUUAAGACUUGCUAAUGAGAUUUUGAAUAAUUUUUCUUACGACGAUCUCUUGCCUUUGUAAUCUUGUAAGAUUAUUC